AUGGACGAUCAAGCCCGGAUCAUGCAGUCGAUCGGCGGUGUCAGUCUGGCUGGCCACUCGGUACAAGGAGGCAUGGCACUGCCGCCUCCUCAUGGACACGAUGGGACAGACGGAGAGGGAAGAAAACAAGACAUUGGUGACAUUCUCCAUCAAAUAAUGACCAUAACUGAUCAAAGUCUGGACGAGGCGCAAGCAAAGAAACAUGGACUGAACUGUCACAGAAUGAAACCAGCACUCUUCAGCGUUCUCUGUGAAAUCAAAGAAAAGACAGGUCUCAGCAUCCGUGGUGCCCAGGAGGAGGACCCCCCGGACCCCCAGCUCAUGCGUUUAGACAACAUGCUGCUGGCAGAGGGCGUGGCGGGACCGGAGAAGGGCGGCGGGUCCGCGGCCGCCGCAGCCGCAGCCGCGGCCUCGGGCGGAGCGGCCGACAACUCCAUCGAACAUUCCGACUACAGAGCCAAACUCACCCAGAUCAGACAGAUCUACCACACGGAGCUGGAGAAAUAUGAGCAGGCAUGCAACGAAUUCACUACCCAUGUGAUGAACCUGCUGAGGGAACAGUCUCGCACGCGGCCCAUCUCCCCCAAAGAGAUUGAGCGCAUGGUGGGAAUCAUCCACCGUAAGUUCAGCUCCAUCCAGAUGCAACUGAAGCAGAGCACCUGCGAGGCUGUCAUGAUCCUGCGCUCCAGAUUCCUUGAUGCCAGGCGGAAAAGGAGAAACUUCAGCAAGCAGGCGACGGAAAUUUUGAACGAAUAUUUCUACUCGCACCUCAGCAACCCGUAUCCGAGCGAGGAGGCUAAAGAGGAGCUGGCCAAGAAGUGCAGCAUCACAGUUUCCCAGGUAUCCAACUGGUUUGGCAACAAAAGGAUCCGGUACAAGAAAAAUAUCGGCAAGUUUCAGGAAGAGGCCAACCUGUAUGCCGCCAAGACUGCUGUAAAUGCAGCACACGCUGCAGCCGCUGCAGUGCAGAACAGCCAGGCCAACUCCCCUACCACACCCAACUCCGGUUCUUCAGGUUCUUUUAACCUCCCAAACUCUGGGGACAUGUUCUUGAGCAUGCAGAGUCUGAAUGGGGAUUCUUACCAAGGGGCACAAGUCGGAGCCAAUGUACAGUCACAGGUGGAUACCCUGCGCCAUGUUAUCAGUCAGACGGCAGGAUACAAUGAUGCUCUGGGGGGAAACACGAUGUACAGUCCACACGGCUUGAAUGCUAAUGGGGGAUGGCAAGAUGCGACGACUCCGUCUUCUGUGAUCUCUCCGACGGAAGGACCAGGAAGCGUGCACUCCGAUACCUCGAAUUGAUCCGCCAUUAAUGCAUCUUCGCCUCAAACUGGGCUCGGACUCUUUCGACCGGCUGGCCAACAGCAGAGGACACGCAAAAACUUUUCACGGCAGAUUGAAUUUUCCCGUACCUUCAAAUUUCCCGCGACAUCCCCCGCCACCAUCGGCCAGCGUUUCCUGAUCGUUCGGUGUUUUCUUUCCGUCUUCAUGACUCCACUUUGACCGCCAUGCUCUUCUUUGUUAGUCGUAGGGGUAAGCACACGCACGUACAGAUAGCAAACAGCCCUCAGAUGAUCAACCUUCAGGAUCUGAACUUCAAACACCGGAUGACACUCUGUUCCUUCUCAUUUAUGACUUUUUAAACGGCCGUUUGUUUGAUUCUUGAUUUAAUUACUGCUCUCCAUUUUGAUAAUUGA